GGAACUGCGAACAAACCAGAAGUGAGUGGGCCCGGGACACACAGCUCCAACGUUCAUUCAGCCGCAGGCCAAGCUUUACUUUCACUCCUAGAAAGGAGCCCCCAAGGUCCUAGCUUUGUUGCCGGAGUGGAGGCGUUUUGAUAUUCCAGGUGCGGCUCAUCAAGCGGCUAGGGGACCUCCACUUCAGCUAUUCUUUCUGGUCAUAAAUUAGUUGGUGACGCCUUCACCCUUGCCCACGCUAUCCCGGCCUGAAGCCUUGCAAAUCCAAGCCUCUAGACCUGAACCGUGAGGGUUUCGGGCCCAGAGAGCAGUAACUGAAGUAGAAAUAAAUGGGAUCUCUCCGAUCCACACUCACCCGGCCUAAGAGCCCGGCCGGCCACUUUCCUUCUGGCCUCAGAGCUCCUGCCCAAGUGGUCAGUCAGUUUCGCCUCCACCCCGCUUCUCUCCGGAUCUAUCACCUGUGCACCCUUGGAAGCUCUCUACUUCUUGCAUCCUCCUGUCUUCUUCCAAGAGCACUCCAGUGUUCUACAGUUCUCACCUGAGCCCCAGAAGCGCCGUUUCGUCUUUGUGGCCAGUGGAAAAGUCCCCGCACCUAGGCUGCAAGCCACUUGCUUUAUCAAGUCCAAAGGUCAGCUAAAGUUUAGCUGAUAAGCAGAACCCACAAAAGAAGAUCUUCAGCCCCCCAGCGUGAGUACAAUGGGCCCCAGCCAGCCCCGCUCCCGGCCUGGGUCUCCGGAUCCCCACGACUGCCCCUUAGGCUUUCUCUCUCUGUGGGUUCCCCCCCCUCCCCACUACCAUUUGCAUCUUGCCGAAAGCGGGGCCCUUCCCACUAAUUUGCAUAUCUUAUAUGGCCUAAUGGUGGCGAUCAUGGCAAGUUAGAAGUUUUCUGACUCCUCUCGGAGGAGGCUCCGGGCCCCCGGGGAGUAACAAGUCUCUGGAGACUGAAGGGUGGAGGGGUUCCAGGACUUGGGGUUCUCUUGUGAAACUCCCCUCCACCCUCCUCUCUCACACCCACCCACCCCCUCACCCCCUUCUCUUUCCGUCCUUGGAAAAUGGUGUCCAAGCUCACGUCGCUCCAGCAAGAACUCCUGAGCGCCCUGCUGAGCUCCGGGGUCACAAAGGAGGUGUUGGUCCAGGCCUUGGAAGAUUUGCUGCCAUCUCCAAACUUCGGGGUGAAACUGGAGACGCUGCCUCUGUCUCCCGGGAGCGGAACCGAUCCAGACACCAAGCCAGUCUUCCAUACUCUCACCAACGGCCACGCCAAGGGCCGCUUGUCCGGAGACGAAGGCUCCGAGGACGGCGACGACUAUGACACCCCUCCCAUCCUCAAGGAGCUGCAGGCGCUCAACACCGAGGAGGCCGUGGAGCAGCGGGCGGAGGUGGACCGGAUGCUCAGUGAGGAUCCGUGGAGGGCUGCCAAAAUGAUCAAGGGCUACAUGCAACAACACAACAUCCCCCAGAGGGAAGUGGUUGAUGUCACAGGCCUGAAUCAGUCUCACCUUUCUCAGCAUCUCAACAAGGGCACCCCCAUGAAGACCCAGAAGCGUGCUGCCCUGUACACCUGGUAUGUCAGGAAGCAGCGGGAGAUCCUCCGACAGUUCAAUCAACAGAGCCAGGGGCCUGGGCAGUCCGAUGAUGCCUGCUCUGAGCCCACCAACAAGAAGAUGCGUCGCAACCGGUUCAAAUGGGGGCCCGCAUCCCAGCAAAUCUUGUACCAGGCCUAUGACCGGCAAAAGAACCCCAGCAAGGAAGAGAGGGAGGCCUUAGUGGAGGAGUGCAACAGGGCAGAAUGUUUGCAACGAGGUGUUUCCCCCUCCAAAGCCCAUGGGCUGGGCUCCAACUUGGUCACAGAGGUCCGUGUCUACAAUUGGUUUGCAAACCGUAGGAAGGAGGAGGCAUUCCGGCAGAAGCUGGCCAUGGACGCCUACAGCUCCAAUCAGACGCACAGCCUGAACCCCCUACUAGGCCAUGGUUCUCCCCACCACCAGCCCAGUGCCUCACCUCCAAAUAAGCUGUCAGGAGUACGCUACAGCCAGCAAGGAAACAAUGAAGUCACUUCCUCCUCAACAAUCAGUCACCAUGGUAACAGCGCCAUGGUGACCAGCCAGUCAGUUUUACAGCAAGUCUCCCCAGCCAGCCUGGACCCAGGCCACAAUCUCCUCUCACCUGAUGGUAAAAUGAUAUCAGUCUCAGGAGGAGGCCUGCCCCCCGUCAGCACCUUGACAAAUAUCCACAGCCUCUCCCACCAUAAUCCCCAGCAAUCACAGAACCUCAUCAUGACCCCACUCUCCGGAGUCAUGGCCAUUGCACAAAUGUCCAUUGCAAGCCUGGUGAUGUCCACAUAUCACUUACUCUGUGCACAGCAACAAGGACUCUAUUUUCCACACCAUCACCCUCUGGGCAGCUGUCACGGAAAAGCCCAGCGACCUGACAAGCACCCGUGAGAGUUCCCCGCUUACCUGACAUCCUGGUGGCACCUCAGACAAUCCACUCCUAGGAGACGCAGCCUGAAGCCCAGCUUCCCUUCUAUACAGUAUUGUCACAAUGCUUCUCCUAAGAUGCCAAGUGCUCCUGUUUGUCCUGGAGGUGGGCAACAUGAAACUGCACAAGAGGAAGAGAACGUGGUACAGUCUACCUUCGGAUCCUUCAUCGAACAAACUGAUGCAAAAACUUGAAUCUGUUACUGAAACGAAGACAAGAGGACAUGUGCUACUGAACUGAGCCAAACACACUGUAAAUAUCCACAAAUGCCCUCUCCCCAUCCCUAUCCCAAAUGAUCUCGAGAUUUCUUUUAAAGAAGUAAAUUUGUCCAAUGGCUGUAAACUAUAAACUGCUGUAAUUAAGUGCAAUUUCCCCUCCACAUCAUCUCCCCUUGUCCUGUAUAUAAUACUAAAGCAUCUAUUAGUUUUCUUUAUAAAGGUCAGAGUUAAAAUUUCAAAGGCCAUUCCCCCUUUUUCCCCCAAGUGAGAAUUGAAGCCCCUCACCCCUCCCUUGGGCCUGGACACAUAUAAAAGCAGCAUACACGGGACUGACUGCCAGCUAGCCCCAUCCUCCUGAUGUUGAGACACAUCUCUGGAUACCUAGAAGGGUAGAACAGAAUGUAAGAGUGACAUCCUAGUUUCCUGUGGGAAUAGCAGUUUGGCCAGUGCACCCCAAAGAAACCCUGGGGCAGCGACACUGGCUGAUAGCCAAAGACACAGUGGCCAUCUCAGGAAUUCUCCCAUUAAAACCGUUUAUUUUAUCACUGC